AUGGAGACACAUACCAACAUACACAGUCUUGCUCCAGAGAUUUUAUUUCAAAUAUUCUCAUUUAUGCCUUAUAAUGAAGUGUAUCGAGUGAGAAGUGUCUGCAAGCAAUGGCAACAUAUGGCUACAGAACACAUCUACCUUUCCAUCAAAGCAACUCGCCAGACAGUGACUGUCAAGCUAGGAGAGCGUUCACACAAGAGAACUAUUGAUCUGGAGGCUCACUCCUACGACCCAAUUCAUCAGGUCAUUGAAUUCAAACCGGUUCAGGUCACCGAACACGCAGGCUCUCAAGGUCCUGAUCAGACAUCGCAAUGGAGCAUCUACCAACGGCGGAUGCAGAUCCACUUUAGUCAGUGGAAAGCACAAACCCGGCUUCCGGCUGCAGUCGAGGACUGUCUGACCGUACAAGAAAAGGACCUGGCCCUAUUCCACUUGCUGUACAAUCCUGCUCUCGAGCGUACCUAUGAACUGCCUUCACCUGCCAGUCUUCUUCCUUCAAAACAGUCACCUGGCGAUCUUCACUAUGUCGGGGAUAGGGGUCUGAUCUUGGCCUUGUCCUACCAAACCAAGGCCUCCCCACACCACAAUCUUUUUAACACAGCCUACUCUUCGCACGCAAUCCAUAUGGGCGUGGGUGUUCCAGCCCCUCGACUAGAGAUCCACUGGGUUCGAGCAACACUUGCCUGGGUGGUGUCUGGCAUGGCACCACAUACUCCUGUACCGCAAAUAUACACCGAAAGAUACGCUUCUCUAGAUUCCAAACUUGCACACAGUGGCUGUUACAAAUACGAUCUCUACUCAAACCCUGUUCUGGAACACAUCGUACAAGGGAAUGAUCAGAUUCCCCAGGAUCUGCUCAAGUACCUUCAGUCCCACACACACGAAUGUCACACCCGUCUUUCGCGUAUACAACACAUGCUUGAAGGUGCUGGUGUGGAUGCACGUGUGAUAUGGAAGUAUUCUUUUGCAAAAGCAUGUGUUGUUAGCAAUGGAUCUCUCCUGGGCGAAGAAGAUGUCGUACGUCGUAUCCAGGUUCUCGAAGAAGAAUGGCGGAAGAAGCGUCAAAGUCUUACUAGACGUCUAAAUGCAACCAUUUAA